CAACGACUUGCUGCAAUUACGGAGCUGUCAAGUCGCCGAGGGAAACCCUCCAUUCGCAAGUGAAGGAUAUGGCAGGAUCGCCUGAUCAGCUGCUGCAAUGGCUGUAUAGCGUUCUCCUGAAUGAAUACCAUGAUGCACAACGCGCCUAUAGUGAUAGUGUCGCCGCCCUAUCAGCUUAUCCCUCCUUGUCGCCACGAACUGAUGUCUAUACGUAUAAUACCGGCCAGCCAGCGCUGUUAUUACGACUGUCAGGCACACUCCCUGUCAACUUUCGCGGCACAGUCUACAGAUUCCCCGUGACGAUAUGGCUACCGCAUGCCUAUCCUGCAGACCCUGAGGGUAUCAUGGUGUUUGUGAUACCAGGUGAUGGCAUGGCCAUUCGACCGGGCCAGCACGUCAGUGUUGACGGACGAGUCUACCAUCCCUAUCUACGCGACUGGUCUGUCAAUCAGCGCCCGAAUAUCAUCGACUUCCUUCGUCUCCUUCAAGAUGUCUUUGCCCGAGAACCUCCGGUCGUUGCAAGGCCACCUCAACAACCACAGCAUGGUCAGCCUCGGUCUCCAAUGCAGCGCCCACCACCUCCACCGAAAGAGCAGCCUCGACCUAUACAAUCUCAGCCUGUAGAAAUGCCUGCUGGGAACCCACCUCCAAGACCUCCGAAGCCUGGUGAGCAGAAUCACUCUGCUUCGCCUGCCCAAUAUCGUAACGAUGGACCUCCUCUGCCCCCUUUGCCUCACGAACGAGGUCAACAGUCUCCGCAGUUGCGACAGGGCAAUGGUUAUGAGACACCACAAGCUCAGCGAUACUCCAAGGCCCCUCCGCUGCCGCAUCAGCUGCAGCAAGAAUACAGGCAGAGUCCAGUCUCACCUCUGACUCCAAAUACACACACACCUACCCAGAGAUACGCGCAGCCGCCGCCAUUGCCUCCGCCGCAGCAGCAUCAGCAACAACAAAUACCCAUGCGUCCUGCCCAGCAGCAAUAUCCUCAGCAAUAUCAACAACAUCCACAACAACAACACUACCAGCAGGCGCCCCUGAACAUGCAUCCUCAACAACAAUACCCACCACAACAUGCACCUCAACAUGCACCUUACCAACAGCCACCGCCCCAAAAACCUGCGCCAGCCCAAGACCUCCUUAGUGACCCCUUCGACGUCAGCAUAUCAACAACAACCUCUCACUCCGCCCCUCCUAUCCCUCCAAACCCGGAAAAAGAACACCUCCUCCACCUCCUCUCCCAAUCUCUCGUCUCCCAAAUCCAUCAGAAAGUAAAUCAAACCACUUCUGCUCUGGCACCUCUACACGCUCAAUCCAUCGCCCUCCAAGAAGCGCAUUCGCGACUCAACUCUGAAUUGUCACAACUCACAGCUUUGGACAACACCCUCGCCAGCAACGAACAUAUCCUCCAUCAAGCACUUUCAUCUUGCGACCGCGUCAUCGCCGAAUCAAAAAGCACACCACAACCACCCAUCGAUGAUGUGCUUGUCGCUCCCACCGUUGCCGCAACUCAACUUUGGAAUCUCCAAGCCGACGAAGCUGCCAUCAGAGAAGCAUUGUGGUGUUUACAGCGCGCUGUGGGAGCUGGAAGGGUGAGUUCAGAGACAUUCAUUAAAAUGACGAGGGGUUUGGCUAGAGAGUUGUUCUUGAAGAUGGCGUUGAGUAGGAAAUUGGCGAGGGGGUUGGGGUUGGAUGUUGGAGAGAGUAGGGCUGGGAUGGGUGGGGAGGAUGGGUAUGGGUACUAGUGAUGAUGCAGGAAAUGGGAGAGAUGGCUUGAGAUAGCUUACGACCUGUUGAAGGAAUAUAUCUCCUUUUUCUUCCUUUAGUAUCUUCAAGACUUGUGUCACUUCGACUUUCCUGAUCACGGCGACACGCUGUUGUGCAACUGUCAAGAUGCAAGAUUGUUUUCAGCGACAGUCCGUCGUCCAGUGAGAGCAAUACUCGACAUCAUCUCCUUGGGCCCAGUGGCAGUUUCGAAACCCAUCAUGCAUUGUGACAGCUGUUUGAACGACUAUCCGCUCAAGUCGUCACUGCCACUUUUCCGCC